AUGAACAAUCAUUACAAUUAUGAUGGUACAAAUACGAAUUAUUCGAAUCGACAACAGUUGUCUGAUAAUCAUGUUAAUGUAAAUAAUCCAUCAUGUCUUCUACAAUCUCCUUUACUCGAUUAUUACGGACAAGAAUCUUUUCAUCAAGCAUCAACAAGACAUAUUCCAAUUUAUAAUAAUAAUCAUCAUCUCUAUCAAGAUAAUUCUAAUCAGUUUUAUCGAUAUAAUGCACUUGCAGCAAAUCAACCAAGUAGUAGUUCAUGUGUAUAUACUUGUCAAAAUGGUUUACUUGGAAACUAUUCCGAAGAAAAUCCGGCCAACGGACUUGCACCAACUGAUAUGGUGUCAUCAAUUCAUCCGAUGCCUCUUGAUCUUUAUGGUUUAUCAAUCACACCUCCUCCUCCGUCGGCCAAUGCCGCAGGUGGAUGUACAUCGUCGCCAACAGCACCUUUAUCAACCCAGCAAACUUCGCCGAAUGAUCCGAAUUCGUCAUCAUUAAAUAAACAAGAGGACACGUCUCCUGUGAUCUAUCCAUGGAUGCGCAAAGUCCAUAUCAACAAUCCAGUUAUUAACUAUACAAGUGGAGAAACAAAACGAGCUCGUACGGCAUACACUCGUCAUCAAGUAUUAGAAUUGGAAAAAGAAUUCCACUUUUCCAAGUAUUUAACUCGUCGAAGACGCAUCGAAAUUGCCCAUUCACUUGUUCUCUCCGAACGACAAAUUAAAAUUUGGUUCCAAAACAGAAGAAUGAAAUGGAAGAAAGAUCAUAAGUUACCCAAUACAAAAUCGAAGUUACCCGAAACAUUACCAGCAGCAACAACAUCAUCACCUCACGUUAUAAAAAAAGAGGAGCAAGAACGUGAACUUGAUCCAAUGCUUGUCAAUGAUUUGAUUAAAGAAGAAUCAUUCUCAUCUGAAUCAUCAAAUUGA